AUGAACAAAAAUCAUAAUUUUGAGUAGGUCUGCUAGGACAUCUGUAUAUACCAUGAACCAAUAGAAUGUGUAGCAACUCCAAUUUAAAAACAAAUUAACAAAUUGAAUUUAAAAAAAGAUAAACUAAUGAAGAAGUUUGCGUCUCAAAUCAUUAGAUGUGAAUAAAGAAUUAAAUCUCCUUUUUAGAUUGAAAUGUAAAUGUUUAUGUUUAUUUAGAUUUCAAUAAUAAUAAUAGCUAAAUGAUAAGUGUGUAGAAAAGAUGUCUUCUGAACUUGUCUUGUCUUAACCCAAAAAAAACCUAUCUAUUGAUUUAAGCAAAAAGUAUUAUUAAUUUACUAAAACAGAUGGCAUUUAGAUUUAUCAGACUUAACUGAUAAAGGAGUAAGAGAUUUAAGUGAUGGAUUGUCAAAACUUUAAAGUUUAGAAUAGUUAAAUUUAGCUUUGUGUGGGUAUUCAACAAGGUUAUUUAUUAUUAGUUGGGGUUAUUGGAAUCAAAAUAUUACAGAUAAAUCAUUAUAAUAUAUAACUAAUGCUUUAAUACUUCAAAAUCAAUUACAUGAAUUCAACCUUGACCUUAACAUGUGGGCCUAUGAAAAUAACAGUAUAACUGAUGAAGGAGCAAAGAAUUUAAUGGAUGGAAUAAGUUUAUUAUCUAAUUUAGGAAAGUUGGAAUUAAAUUUAAAAGGAUGGGGAGAUGGAAAUUAAGAUAUCACUGAUAAUACUAUUAUAGGAUUAUCAAGAUGCCUAAAGAAAUUAGGAAAUCUAUCAGAAGUCAAAUUAAUAUUGUAAUUCAUUUAUUUCUAAUUAGAUGGUAAAAUAUAGGAAAAUAAGCUAUUAAAUAAUUGAAUAAAACUCUAUCAAAAAUGGAGAAUUUGACCAAAAUAGAUAUAAAAUUUGAAAGGUAUUUCAUAAUUUAAUUUAUCUUAGUUGUGCUCAGUAGUAACCAAUUUAAAAUAAUAAUAUUGAUUUAAAACUUCAAUAAAUAAAAGUAAAUGCAGUUUAAAAAAGAAGACUGCUUUUCUAAGUUGAGGGAGUUAUGAUUACUCUUGAAUCUGUAAUUAAUAAAAGGACACUCUGGGAUAUUAUUUUAAAAUUAUGA